AUGAAAGCUAUAAACCGUUCCUUCUACCACACAAUCGAAGCUGAGUCCUAUCCUGAUAGGCCCAGCUGUCUCGUCUGCGGCUUUGUCUUCGCCAACGGGACCAGUGAGGAUUCUCAUUACAGUUACGUGGAUCCGAGAUACCGUACAGGGAGUAGCAUAUGUCGAGCUGAGGCUCUAGAGGAUUGGAAAGCUUCUGGGAAGAAAAACUGGUGGAAGAGAACAUGGUGGAACACUUCCCGCGCAAUUCUGUACCACCCUGCAACAGGCACAUGCCGACUUUCUGGAGUCAGCCUGCAUCCUCUGACAACCGGAUUGGUUCCAAUGAAUGAGAAAGAUGGAUACGUUUGCGGUAGUUGGUUUGGCUGGUUAUCCCCCAAAGAACGACAACUUUUCUUCUCGACGCUCUCCGAGACAGACAUAAGACCCUCCGAGACAUAUGUAAGAAAACUGGCUACCGACCUAGAUCCUGGUAUUGGAUGUAUUGUCGGGAAGGUUAGGGUCCCCCCAGGUCCGACAUUCGAUGACGCUGAACUUGAAUCUCUAACAGAUCCCGUUCGUACAAAAUGCGUUAAAGAAGCCAUUUGCCUAGCACGAAAGCACGAAAGACGAAGGCAAUCGAGGAUGAAACGAAAGGGUUAUUUGGUCACCCGAAAGGCACCACGUCCCAGACCUUGCGUUCUUCCGAUGGAAAUACUCUAUUUGAUUCUUGAGUAUCUUCCAUAUCAAACGAUUGUAGAUUUGGAAGAAGGAUUGCGCCUCAAUCUCGGCAAUGGGUUUUGGCGCACUAGGCUCUCUACUCGAAUAUUCUACGAAGUGAAGAAGAUUGCCACCAACGAGGUUAAUUGGAAGCGCCUAUCCAUGUUGCUGGAACGACGGCUCAAGAAGUCAAACGCUUUGGCAAUCCGACGGUUCAUAAUAUCAAUGCGGCCUAAUGGAAACUCCCAAGAGGAUCACCGCAAUCAGCCAAGGUCCUCAAGGUGA